AUGGCCACUGCUGAGGUUGUGUCAGCAAAGAGUGCUCUUGUAGAGGAAAAAACUGAACAACCAGUCAAGGUUGAGACCACCACAGAAGAAACAGUCACUGCAGCACCAGAGGCAGCUGUGGCACCAGAGCCUGAGGCCUCAGCUGAAGUUGAGACUAAAGGGGUGGUAGAAGAGACCAAGACUGCUGCAGAAGAGCCAGCAGUGCUAAAGAAAACUGAGGAGGAGGAGACACCUAAAGAAACAGAACCAGAGCCGGUUGUCGAGGAGACAAAAGAGGAGUCUUCAAAGGAAGUACCUGCAGAGCCUGUCGUUGAGGAGGCCGCUAAAGAGACUACCGAGUCUGGGAAGACACAGGCACCAGAGCCAGAAGUUGCAGUCGAAGCUCCAAAGGAAGAAGAAGAAGUCAAGGAAGAAGAGAAGCCUGUUGAAGCAGAGGAGAAGGUUGCAAUAGAAACCCCAGUAGAAAAGACUGAGUAA